AUGCGCCCUCUCCUGGGGCGUUCUAAAUAUACACCUGAGGUGAAAGCUCGCCUAUCGAAUAAGUCUUUGUCCUCGUCUAGAAGAUCUAAGUCUACUGGCGAUCACGAGUUCCAGCAACUGCAGGAUAACUCGAGUGAGCUGUCUUUGCGGCCAAUUCGGCCAAAGCAUGAUCUUGAUGUCGCAGGUCAAACUUCUACCGAUACGAGAGAGAUAUCUCAUGGGCGCGAAAGUUCUCUUGGAGAGAGCAGAAAAGGUCAGAGGCAGAACAGAGGCUGGGGAAUUUCUGCGAAGCAGGAAUGGGCCGUGUUGUAUGGACGGAAGAAAUAUUUACGCCUUACUCCCCAGGCGACGAAUUUUGAUUCGCUCUUUCCACUGAUUUUAUCUAUUGUUCUUUCCAUUCAUAUUGAUACAUGGAUUGUUUAUAUACCACAUUGUUUGGGACCUGUUUUCAUUUCAACACCUGGCUUCUCAAAAGAUUUCUUCUUUUGUAAAUUAUCUUCUCAAACAACGGGUUCCUUGAUCUUGUCGUUAAUCUACAAAAUGUUGCUCAGAUAUCUUCUCGCGUUGGUGAUCCAACUUUGUUGGGUUACUCUCGGGUUUGCCCACGAAGACGCGACAAUUACAAUCCCAUGGGUCACAGAUGCGCCUGAUUACUUCCAGGGCUAUGGAGGAAGGGCCAUAGGCAUGAAAGAUGCAACCACAACCUAUGGAAUCAACUGUCUUUCAGGCCUAACAACCUGUCACAGAUUUAGCCCAGACCUGACUGUUAUCUACGGACCAAACACAUAUGAGAUGAUUGCCAGUGGCUACAAAUUUGAUUACACCUCAGGUUGCACGCUCAUUGGUUCUCCAGCACCCACUGGCGCGUCUUGCACAGAAACAAAGUUCAUACAUCAAAGUAGUGUUAUCAGCUCGGCCACAGUGCUUGUUCCAGCCACUGGCGCUGAUUCCACCCUUGGAAUUUUCCCAGCACCCUUAAUCGUGACAGAUACUGGAAACUUCCCUGCGCCUUCUACCUCAACUGAAAACAAAGCGUCUGACAAUUCUCAUGUUUCAACAAGUGACGCCAGCUUGACUGUGCCUGCGACCAUGACGGUUGAUUCUGCUCACCCUGCCUCUUCAACUGGUGGGAGUGCGACUGCAACUGGCAGCCUGGUUGUGCCUACGGAGGGCGCCUUCCUGAAUUCGAAAACCAUGACAACUGGUGUCCCGACCUAUUUCGGCAACGGAACUUCACCGGCUCACAACAAUGGCACAGUGACAGUGACUGUUCUUGCUAGCACUAUUCCGUGUCAUUGUGAGUGUGACUGCAGACAAAAUGAGACCGCUACUGCCACUAUUACUGUUCCAAUGGCGAUGAAAAGCUACGGAGUCAAGACGGCUGCACCCAUGGCAUUGAUGUGUGGAAUCGUUGCUGGCAUCAUGUUCUGGAUGUGA